ACUUGCAUUGCAUUGUUGGUAGCGAUGAAUACGAGGAUGAGAGCAGUGGCAGUACUAGUGGCCUUGUUGGCCGCAGCGGCAUUCGCCGUGACCGCGCAAGCCCAGCAGUGCGGUUGGCAGGCAGGCGGAAAGCUCUGCCCCGACUGCCUCUGCUGCAGCCGCGACGGCUUCUGCGGCUCCACCUCCGCAUGGUGCGGCGACGGCUGUCAGAGCCAGUGCAACGGCUGCGGGGGAGGUGGUGGUGAUGAUUGCAGCGCCGGCGGCGGCGGUGGCGGAGGAGACGACGAACAAGGUGGUGAUGGCGUCGCGUCUAUAAUCUCACGGUCUCUGUUCGAGGAGAUGCUGAAGCACCGCAACGACGCCCAGUGCCUGGCCCGUUGCUUCUACACGUACGACGCCUUCAUCGCCGCGGCCAACGCCUUCCCAGGCUUCGGCACCACCGGCGACCUGGACACCCAAAAACGGGAGCUCGCCGCGUUCCUGGCUCAGACGUCGCACGAGACCACCGGCGGGUGGCCGGCCGCUCCCGACGGCCCCUACGCCUGGGGCUACUGCUUCAACGAGGAGGUGAACGGCUGGGCCGGCCCCGACUACUGCCAGACCAGCAAGCGGUGGCCCUGCGUCGCCGGCAAGAAGUACUACGGCCGAGGCCCCAUCCAGAUCUCGUGGAACUACAACUACGGCCAAGCCGGCGAGGCGGAGGCCAUCGCCGCCGACCUGCUCAGCGACCCGGACAUGGUGGCGCGCGACGCCGUGGUGUCGUUCAAGACGGCGGUGUGGUUCUGGAUGACGCCGCAGGCGCCCAAGCCGUCGUGCCACGACGUGAUGACGGGGCAGUGGAGCCCCUCGGCCAACGACCUGGCGGCGGGGAGGGUGCCCGGGUACGGCCUCACCACCAACAUCAUCAAUGGCGGGCUCGAGUGCGGCUUCGGCGGACCCGACGACCGCGUCGAGAACCGCAUCGGAUUCUACAAGCGCUACUGCGACUUGCUCGGUGUCAGCUACGGCGACAACCUCGACUGCUACAACCAGAGGAACUUUGCGGCCGCGUCGUCGGCCUCAACCUCAUCAUCGUAUCACGCUGAUGCGUAAUAAUUACGCAACGACAUAUAUACAAUGUGUUGCACUACGCGAGUUUGCUUUCAGGUCAUUCCUAGACCUAAUAAGCAAGUUUAAUUUUUGUCA